CUCAGCACGCUUAUAAUGGUGCACAAACGCCGCCCGCCUGACGAGCACAGAGAAAUACUUUGAAUGUACCGCCGCUUUGCCGCUGGUUAAAUCGCUCGCUACAAUGUUUUAUGUGGUAAAUACCAACAUGAUAAGGACUUGAUUUUUUUUUCACUGAAAAUGUAACAAUUUAUGUGACUCCAGUGAUCUCAAAUCGAGAUGCAUCGUUAGAGCAGAUUGACAGCAGGAAGGACGCGCUGACCACAGGCACCAGUGUGCAUGAGAUGAAGUAAUAAGGAGGUCAAUUUUUAAAAAAAAUUAUUUAUUUUUACUUUUGCAUUGUUGACUGCUGUUCGGCUGCAGAUGCCCCUGCAGAGAUGAAGAUCACAGACAGCGUGCUGAGGAGUUUCAGGGUCGCCAGGACCUACCGAGAAAAUUCCCAGAAGGUGAACUGUGUGGAUUACAGCCCGAGCGGAGAGAGUGCCAUAUCAAGCAGCGACGACGACUCCAUAGUCCUGUACGACAUCCGGGAGGGAAAGCCCACCCGGACCCUGUACAGCAAGAAGUACGGAGUGGACCUCAUCCGAUACACACACGGAGACACAAACACAGUGGUGUACAGCUCCAACAAAUUAGAUGAUACCAUCCGAUAUCUGUCACUCAAUGACAACAAGUACAUCCGCUAUUUCCCAGGUCACACUGCAAGGGUUGUUGCUCUGUCCAUGUCUCCAGUGGAUGAUACGUUUAUCUCCGGCUCGCUGGAUAAGACCAUCAGGAUCUGGGAUCUGCGCUCCCCAAACUGUCAGGGUCUGACUAAUCCCUUAGGGAAGCCUGUGUGUUCCUUUGAUCCUGAGGGGUUGAUAUUUGCUGCCGGGGUUGAAUCUCAGGCUAUUAAAUUAUACGACCUCCGUGCUUUUGACAAGGGUCCCUUUGCUUCGUUUGAAACAAGGUUUAAUCGUUUCUGUGACUGGACGGGACUCAAAUUCAGUAAAGAUGGGAAGCAGAUUCUCAUCUCCACCAAUGGAGGUGCAAUUCGCCUUCUGAACGCAUUCAAUGGAUCUGUGCUGCACACCUUUUCUGGCUACAACAACAGUAAAAGCAUUUCCCUGGAGGCCUGCUUCACUCCAGACUCACAGUUUGUCAUGAUCGGCUCCGAGGACGGGAGAAUCCAUGUUUGGAGCACCGAGAGCGGGAUGAAGGUGGCUGUGCUGGACGGGAAACACACGGGACCCAUCAACACCCUGCAGUUCAACCCCAGAUACAUGACGUUCGCCAGUGCCUGUACUAACAUGACGUUUUGGCUCCCGUGUGUUGACGACCUUUAGAGGAGAGAAGCCAGUGUCAAGUCAUCCUCGAAGGAAAACAUCACAAUCAUGCUCAGACAACUCAACAAUGUGUGAUACAUUAACGUGACAAUUGUUAUUUAUUUUAUUUUAUCUUAUUUUAAUUUUUUAUUCCUCUUAUUAUUUUUUGGCAAUUUAAGGAUCUAUAACAUAGCCUCAUAGCUUGUGAGAGGAGAAACACAGUAUUUUUUUUACUUUUUACCUUUUUUAAAUUUCCACAUACAAUAACAAAAAUGUAUAGCAAGUACAGUAAUCUAUACUUUGUUAGUAAGUAUAGUAAUUUUUUACAUUUUAGUGACAAAAAUGUUUGAAACACUGUGCUACAUGGAGUCCCAUGUACAUGAUGUACAGUCAGUUAAUAUUUCUACCUUUUAGCCUAAUAUUUCAUGUAUAAUCUCACUGUUCAUCAUCAUUGUUUUUACUGUUUAAAUGAUUUUAAGCAUUAAAUUGUGUUUUAUAUGGAAACAAGGGCCACUAUUUUU